AUGUUCAUUUCAGCAGGACAGCAUAAAUAUAAUUUAUCAAAUUAUCUGAACCAACAGACAACAUUGGCAGUUUUUCUGGGAGUGAAGGAAGUUGAAAUUGACCAGAUAUAAUAACUAACAGAAUAAAUUUAUAAACUCUCUUUCAAGAACUCAAAGAAAUAGAUUAGAUUCCACACCAAAUCAGACAUCUCUCAAGUCUAGGGAAACUAAUUAGAGAAGGAUUUUACAAUUGCAUAGAAGUUAUGUGCUGCAAAUAUGCCUGUCCCCAAGGCAUUAUUUUAUUGCAAAGAUCAAUCGGUUCUCGGAUUUCCAUUUUAUGCUACAGAAUAUGUUGAAGGGAGGAUAUUCAACAUGGAACAACUACUAAAUAUUUCGCAGGCCAAAAAAAGAUUACUGUUCUAAGAGGUUUCUAAAGCUCUGGCUCAUCUACAUUCAAUUAGCUUUCAUUAUCUCGGCCUUGGCGAGGUGGACCAAAACACCCAUCAUUACGAAACAUUAAAUAACAAGUUACAUAACUUAUAUAAAUAACAUGAAACUAAGAUAUCAACCAAUAUGGAAGAUCUUUUGUAUUGGUUAUCAUUAAACACUCCAGUAAAAUCUGAUUUGGAUAAUCUUUGCUUGAUACAUGGGGAUUUUUCACUCUCUAAAGUUGUAUUCCAUCCAACCAAACCUGCAGUUUUGGCUAUUUUAGAUUGGCAAUAAGCUUAAAUAGGUAAUGCCUUCGUUGAUUUGGCCAGUUUUGUUUUACCAUACUACAUUCCCUAUUCAAAUGGACAACAUUAGGUUGAUGGCUGGUUUGGAGUCGAAGAAAUAAUGGGUCAACCAAGUAUCCAAGAUGUAUUAUCAGCUUACUUUACCACGAGAUCAAGUUAAACCAUUACAGAUAUCAGAUACUAACUCAUUUUGUCAAUCGUGAAGUCAUCAAUUGAUUAGCAAAUCCACUAUAAAUAAUACAAAGAAGAAAAAUAUUAUGAAAAUUCUCUCUUUUUAACCAAGGCUGGUUAUGAGAUAAUCUCGGAAAUGACUGAAGGAGAUCCUUUCGGAAUCAAAAUGAGAGCUACAAAUGAUGGCUAAAUAUGGUCACAUUGGCCUGUUUCUGAAAGAUGCAAGAGUUAUUAUUAUAGAAUCAAGGAUUUCAUGAGAGAUGAGGUUUUCCCCAUUGAAAAGGCCAUCUUAGACAAAGCCAGAGAAGUUCCAAGGUCUCUUCCCAACAAGCCAAUUACAGAAUUAGAAGAACUUCAAAGGAAAGCUAAGUCAGUUGGAUUAUGGAAUUUAUUUAUUUUGGAUCCUAUGUAUGGAAAAGGCUUAACUAAUCUUGAAUAUGUGUUCAUUUCAGAAAUUAUAGGAUUAAGUUUUAUAGGCCAUGUAGUUUUUAAUUGUUUGGCACCUGAAACUGGAAAUAUAAGAUUAUUGAUAGCAUAUGGAACACAAUAUUAAAAAGAGAAAUAUUUAAAUCCAUUAUUAGAAGGUAAAUGCAAAUCAUUUUUUGCUAUAACUGAGAAGGAUGUAUCGUCUGCAGAUUAAGAUAAUAACAAGUUCACUAUAACUCCUACAGAUGGAGGGUUCAUUCUAAAUGGUGGAAAGUGGUUUGUCCAAAAUGCUGCUGAUGAAAGAGCAAUUUUUGGGAUUGUGGUUGGUAAGUCAUCCUCGCAUACAAAUAACCCUAAUGAGACAUAAUCAAUGAUUUUGGUUGAAAUGAACAAUCCUAAGAUACAAAUAACUAGACAGUUCUCUUCUCAAAAUUUCUAUGAUCUUCCUCACAGUUAUUCUGAAAUUCAAUUCAACAAUGCCUUUAUUCCCAAAGAAAAUCUAUUAGGACAACUUGGAGGAGCAAUAAAAAUGAUUGAAGAUAGAUUAUUGGAAGAGAGAUUAAAUCAUUGUGCUAGACUUAAUGGACUAACUAGGAGGAGCUUAGAUUUAACAUUGUCAAGAUCUGAGAAAAGAGUAAUAUUCAAAGAAAAAUUAAAAGAUAAUGCUGCUUUUCAAGAGAAAUUAGGAGAUCUGGAAAUUGCAUAUCAAUCAUGCAGAUUAUUGUGUUUAAAUGCUGGAUUAUUGUUGGAUUCAGUUGGAAAUACACAUUUUAAUGCGUUCCUGGCUGUUAGUGAAUGUAAGGCUCACAUUCCAAAAGCUAGUCAGUACAUCUUGGAUUCAUGCAUGCAAAUAUUUGGGGCUGAGGGAGUGACUGAGGAAUAACCAUUGAGUCUUAUUUUGCGUCUGGCCAAGGCUCUUAGAUUUGUGGAUGGACCGUGUGAAUUCCAUCUUAGACAGGUUUCUAAAUUUGUUUAUGGAAAUCACAUAUUCAAUGAUCUUAACAAUGCUCAAGGAUAUGGAUUAGCAAAACUAUGA